AUGGGUACUCCCACUCCCCACUCCGGUUUCAUCACCACGCCUGGCGGUGCCCGCCUGCGGUACACCCAAGAAGGACCGUCUUCUGCUCCCAAUCUCCUCCUCAUCCCCGGUUGGGCGCAGACAGCGGCUCAAUUCAAGAAACAAGUCGACCACUUCAGUGCCAACUUCCGCGUGACCACGUACGAUCACCGCGGGCAGGGCGAGUCGGACAAGCCGGCCUUUGGCUAUCGCAUUUACCGGCUCGCCGCUGAUCUGGAGGCCCUUCUCACACAGCUGGACCUGCGAGACGUCAUCAUGCUCGGCCAUUCGAUGGGAUGCUCUGUCAUCUGGGCGUACUGGGACAUCUUCCCCCACGACAGGAUCUCGAAACUGGUGCUCGUGGACCAGGCCCCGAUACUUACGGCCAACCCGGCCUGGUCUGCCGAGGAAGCGGCCGGCUACGCUGCAAUCUUCUCGCCCGCGGCAGUCUUCGAGUUUACGAACAGUUUGGCGGGGCCCGACGGCAAAGCGGCCUGUGCUGCGUUGGUGAAGAGUUUCUUCACCGCCCAGGUCGAUCCGACAGAUCUGGACUGGAUGCUGGAACGCACCUUGAAGAUGCCGUUGGCAGCCGCUGCGCAACUUUUCAUCAACCACGCCGGGAUGGACUGGAGGGACGUCAUCCCCAGGAUCGACGUCCCGACGUUGGUGGUUGCUGCGGAGGGCAGCUUGCUUCCUACUAAGGGGUUGGCAUGGAUCGCGCAGAAGAUACCGGGGGCGAAGGUGGAGGUAUUCAAGAAAGAAGACGGAGGCAGUCACUUCAUGCUUUGGGAGAAUGCGAAUGAAUUUAAUAAAAGAGUUGCGGCCUUUCUGACCGACGAGGGAACUGAGGAGAGCCGAUAA